AUGCCAGAAGAAGAAGUCUUCCAUCUCCACCCAAACGGGUGGGAAAACGACCCAGAGGAAGAGAGAUUCAAAGUCUCGACACUCGACUACCUGACGCCCUGCACAUACAACAACUACGCCUUAUUCUUCCGACUCGACGACGCCGAGAAGAGCAACGCAGCCGCAGUACUGAAAUCCGGCCUCGAGCGCACACUCAGCCAGACCCGCCAUCUCUGCGGGACCAUCGAGAAAGACCCGGAGGGCGGCCACUCGUUCGUCAAGAGAAAGGACAGCACCGUCCGGUUCUUCGUCCAGUGGCUCGACGCCGCCGGCCCGGAGUACCCGUCGCUGGACGACAUCGAGAAAGCCCACUUCAGCGCCACCACCCUCGGCGACCUAACCCGCUGGAGCGUGCCGCCAAUGACCUACGGCGAGAAGCCCGAGGCGCACCCGGACGCGCACCCAACCGUCGCAGCGUACAAGGCGAACUUCGUCCGCGGCGGGCUCGUCUUCAUCAUGCACCACCACCACUACGCCAACGACGUGAUGGGCUGGGUCGGGCUCACGCACCAGCUGGCCGAGAACUGCCGCGCCGUCUGUUCUAACGACGCAUCCGCCUUUCCGCCCUGGGACGCGGCGUGUCUCGACCGCGCGCGCUUGACGAAGCCCGAGGUGCAGGAGGACGCGAAGAUUGACGGCCCCCCGCCGCCGCGCCGCCAUCCCGCCCACACCGUCGCCGUGUCGCUGCUCUUCCACCUGCCGAAGAGCAAGGCCGCGGCGCUGAAGCGGCGGGCCUCGCAGACGGACGCGGACGGCGCCUGGGUGUCCACGUACGAUGCGUUCUCGGCGUUCAUCUGGCGCACGCUGACGCGGCUGCGCGCGCCGGUCUUUAAGCCGGACAUGGACGCACCUCUGCCCUGGUUCGAGGCGGUCGACAUGCGCCGCCGUCUGCACAGCCCGACGUGUCCGCCGCGGAUCCAAUGUAAUGUGAUGUACGCGGCGAUGUCGCCGACGGCGCCUGUGCCGCAGCCCACGGUCGCGGAGGUGAUUAACUGGCCGCUACCCAGGCUGGCGCGGUACAUCCGCCAGCUGACCGACAGCGUCACGCAGGAGAGCCUGGACCAGACGCUGGACAUGGUGGCGAGGAUCCGUGACCGUACGGCGCUGAGCUUCCGGAUCAACGCGCAGCCGCCCAUGUCGAUUCUCCAGACGGAUCACCGCGAUGCGAAUGUUGCUGAGGCGGAUUUUGGGUUUGCGAAGCCUGUUACUUAUCGCCAUCUGCUGGAUUGCGUGACAGAGGGGGUGAUUAUCAUCUACCCGCCGCGUCGUGCGGCACCGGACUCGGAUGAGGGGUGCGAGUUUGCGAUUGCGUAUGAGAAGAGGUUGGCGCAGGAGUUGAUUGAUGAUCCGGAGUGGAGGGAGUACUUUGAGUACAGGGGGGUGGAUGCGGAGGAUGCGGGUCAUUAUCUCAAUUGA